UGAUCGACUAUUUAAUAAGGAAAUGAAUCAGAGACCAAGUCUCUCCAUACUAUGUGGCGCGCCCCCGGGGAAGCCUGCUAGCAGUCAUGGAUUGGACCAGGGCUGACGGGGGCCUCGUCCAUCAGAAGGAAAGAAAAGCGCUAAGACGCCUCCAUUUCUCGUCAUUGAGCUGUCCAAUUUUUCGUGUCGGCCUCGCGCGUUACAAUGCAUGACCAUUCAAAGCCAUCCAAUCUAAGACUAGCAUGGCUUCGGCUGCCAUGGUUGGUGGGCCGGAUCCAAGCCGAGCCAGGGGUUUGCAGAUAGCCUCGACGGAAAUCCUGAUUGCAAUGCUGGUUUUGAAUCAGCUAGGUUAAUGGAUAUUCCGCAACUAGAUCGGGGGUGUUUGGUUAUGUUAAGACAAGGAGUAGGAAAGUAUGAGACGGAGGCGGUCGAUAAUAGUAUAAGAAGCCGAGCCGAGGUGUAGUGUAUUUACUAUGUAUAUACAUAUCUACAUAUACAUAAGCUGUGUUGUAACUGUGAGGUACGUAUAUGUAUAUACCGUAUGUUUGUCUCCAAGACAUGGGGAGUUUAGCAUGUUACUACUUUCUGGUAUGAUCAGGGGCGAUCUGACCAUCUUGUCCGGCGUGUGGGGAAGAAAAAGAGCGAAAAGCUGGAAAGAAAACCAAUGAUUGACUAAUAUCGUUCCAA